AUGAAUUUCAAUACUCUUUUAUUGGAAAAAGAUAAUGAUCUUCGUAUUUUAGCAUUAAAAGAAAUGUUAAAUUAAGUGGAUCAACACUGGUCAGAGAUAUCUGAAUUACUUAGUUAGAUGUAAAUCAAAAAUUUAAAUUUCUUAUAGAGAAGCAUUAAGCGAAGAUCCAAAAUUUCCUGAAAGACAAUUAGCGUCUUAUUUAUGUGCCAAGAUUCAAUACCAUUUAGAUAACUUUGACGAAUCUCUUAAUUAUGCUUUACAGAGUGGACAAUAUUGGUAAUCAGAUUUGNUUAAAAAUUUAUUAGAUAUCAAAGAAAGUAACUCCAUAAUUUUAGCAUAUUUUGUAAACUAAUUCUUUACUUUUAUUAGUACAACACUUUGA